AUGUCUCAUAAUAAGCCUAAAGGCGGAGCUGAGAAGCGACGUCUCAAGAGAAAUUCUGAAUUAAUAAUUGCUGGUAAUGAUAGUAAACAAAAGAAAUUAUCUUUUUUUAAUAUAAUGACUCAACAGUCAGAAGUCUCAAAAGUUGAAUCGAAAGAUAAAACUGAACAAGUUUACUCAGUUGAAGAAAGUGUGAACACAGAAACAAAUUCCAACAAAAUUCUAACAACUGUCGAUGCAAAAGUUUUGUUAAAAGAUAAUAUAGUACAAAACCAUUCACAAGACCUUUCUUCAUCGAAAAAUGACCAUCCAGCUCAACCCAAAUUAAUGAUGUAUCCAACUACUAAUGGUCGUCGUUUUAGUAUAAAAUAUUAUCAAUUAUAUGAAUGGUUGGAAUAUUCAGUUUCCUUAGAUGCGCUUUAUUGUUUUGUUUGCCGACAUUUUGCUGCCAGUAUUACUGCACCAGGUGAAGUUUUUGGAAAAUUAAGUUUUGUUGAUUAUGGUGCUACCUGUAAUAAAUGGAAAGAUUUUAAAGGAACUCUAAAUAAACAUGAGAGAAAUAAAAGGCACAUAAUUUCUAUGCAACUAGCAUUAUAUUUAGCUAAACAAGGGUUACCAUUUCGAGGAAAUAAUGAAUCAAAAAAUUCCAAAAAUAGGGGAAAUUUUUUAGAACUUUUGGAUGUGUUUUGUGAUGCAAAUAUGAAAGAAAGACUUGCAUCAAGGUAUGGCCACUACACAAGUCCAGAAUAUCAAAAUGACUUAAUUUCAUCUAUAGCUAAAUGUACUAGACAAAAAAUUUUAAAUAAAAUUAAUCCACAAGGUCUUUUUACAAUCAUGGUAGAUGAAACCAAGGACAAAUCUAAAAAAGAACAAAUGGUAAUUGUCUUACGGUUUUUGGAUAGUGAUAUGAAUAUUCACGAGAAAUCUAUUGGUUGCUUUCAUAUGUUGAUUUCUAAUGCUGAUAAUUUACAAAAUUGUGUGGCUCAAUGUUAUGAUGGUGCUAACGUUAUGAGUGGUAUCCACUCAGGUGUUCAAGAACGAAUACUUAAUGUUGUACCACACGCCAUUUAUAUCCACUGUUAUGCACAUAGGCUAAAUUUGUGUUUGGUUCAUACAUUACAAAACAUUCCUUAUAUAGUCAAUUUUUUCAACACUUUGCAAGAUCUCUAUAAAUUUUUUAUGAAUGGACAAACUAGGUAUGAGUUAUUUGUUAAAGCGCAACAGGCAAAAGGAUUACCCGUAUUACACCUAGAAAGAUUAGUUGAAACUAGAUGGGCUUACUGGUUUGGAUCAAUUAGUAAAAUAAAUUUGCGGUAUACAGAAAUUAUUGAAGUAAUUACUAUACUUAGCGAAAAUGAUGACCAAAAGGCAAGAGCGCUAGGAAUUUUAAAAGAAAUGAAUACACUGUCAUUUAUUAAAAUAUCACAUGCUAUGGAAUCACUUCUUAGAGCCAUUCACUGUGCAUCAAAGGCCCUCCAAGACUGUUCUAUUAUUUUACCAGUCGCCAUUGAUUUAAUUAGAUCUACAAAACGACAGCUUUAUAAUAUGCGCAAUGAUGAAUUUUGGGAUGAUAUUACAAAAAAAGCAAAAACUAUUGCUGUUAAAAAUGGUAUCAACAUAAAUAAAAAAAAGAAUCCAAGAAAGACAUGUUUGAAUAAGAAUCUAUUAGAAUUUUAUGUUGAAACUACGGUUGGUCAAAGUUCUAAGAACAAAACUUCAGAGUUGACUGAAUUUCUGAGUGCUAGAGAAUUACUUUUGGGUGAUUCAAAUACCAAACAUGAUCUUUAUUCCAUUUCAAAAAUAUUACUCCAAUUACCUCAAUGUUACUCUGAAACAUUAAAAAUAAUAACCAUUCUUAUGACCUUACCAGUUUCCACCGCUUCUAAUGAACGCUUUUUUUCAUCACUUAAGCAAAUUAAAUCAUAUUUAAGAUUAACUAUGGGUGAUGAUCGUCUCAAUGAUUUAUUGGUUGUUGCUGUUGAAAGUGAUGAGGCCUCAACAAUUAAUUUAGAUGAAGCACUUCACAUUUUUGCUAGUAUGAAGAAUCGUCGCUACCCACUUAUAAGCUAA